AUGCCGCCAAACAACGAUAUUGCACUUGGGUUGCUGAAUGGAGGAGCAAUGUCGAGCACAGAUUUCCUCUCCUGCGACGGCAAUUUCAUCCAUUUGCCCGACGAUCGAAAGUUUAAAAAUGAGAAGAAAAAGGAUUUCACCUCGACAAAAAUCUCGUGUCUAAGCAGUCAGCUUGCCACCGACACCCCACCCAGACCCCCGAAGUUGCGGGAGGCCCGUAUAUGUUGCAUUACGGCACGGACAGCGUCGAUCAUUGGCUCGUGCCUAACGAUGGUGGCUAUUCUCGGGUUCUGCGGGUAUUUGACCUUCAGAUUGAUCAACGACUCCUCCAAACAAAAUCCGCUUUCCACCGGGAAACUUAUUGGCGUGAUCGUACCGCCGUGUCUACUUCUUUUCUGCUUUGCCUGUUUCCAAUGGGGUCUAUUCACGAGAAAACAUCUCGCCCUGCUACCAUUUAUCCUUGCCACCCUCCUCCUCCUCGUCGCUUUGAUUGGUGCCCUCAUCGCAACAAUCUUGACAUUACCCAGCGAGGUAAACGAUAUCAAUCAGAAAACGUCUGUGGCAAGUGUCGAUAGGAGUGGAGCGAAGAUGGGCGAAGCUAUCGCGAUAAGAGCCAGCGUCUGUGUGAUCGUUGCCAUCCAAGUGUUAUUUCUCUAUGCCUACCUCCGUGCCUUCUUCUUCCUGCGGGCCUUCAACCAAACCCUG